AUGCUUGAAGAGGAGACUAAGAAAAUGGAGGAGAAGUUGGAAUUAGUUAAGAAAAUGAUGGAGCUGGAGAAGGAGAAAAGGACUCAGGUCAAGAAAAACAAGGAAGGCACAGUCUGGAGGUCUGCCACCACUCAGAAGCAAAUAAGUGGCUACUCUCAAAUGGUAGUCUAGCAGCAUAGAACAAAUCAGCCUAAUUUACCCCCUACUACAAUGAUCAUGGGUAAAGAAAACUUCUAAAGCUCAAAGGGAUUAAAUGGAUCCAGAUUGGGCAGUGGGCAAUCUCAAAGAGUGUCAGGGGGCACAGGUAAUCAAAUGACUGUUAAUGCUAAUACCAAUAACACAGCCGCUGAUAACUUGAACAAAGCUAUCAAUAAACAAAACCCAACUUAAUCAAAUGCUGGUUAGUACCCAGAGAUAGAGUCGUUCUUAAAUGAAGUUCAACUUCCCAAGUAUAAAGAUCAAUUUAUAGAAAAUGGAAUUGAAGACUUGGAGAUCAUUCUGGAGUUAGAUGAGAAGCAUCUCGAGUAGAUGAAUAUUCCACUGGGACAUAAGCUGAAAAUAAUGAAGAGAAUUAAGGACCUAAGAAAAGACAGAGGUAUGUCAGUUCCCGAAAGCAGAUAAGGACAGAGGUAGAAAGUUGAUGGAGGGAUCUAAGCUAAUCCUGCUGACAAUGUGCAUAAAGAAGUAAGGCCUCAUUAAAGGUAAGAUCUUGAAGCAUUGCCUGAACCUGAUUACUCUAAUCUUCACACUUAAAAAUAAGGCUCAACAAAUACUGCAAGCAAUGGAUCAUCAUUACUUAAUGGAAAUUACAAUGAGCAAGAGUCACAUAAGCAAUUCUUAGAAGCCCUAAAUGCAUGGAGGUCGGCUGGACCAACUAAUCAAUCUAAACCAGAUAAAACUGUUGAUGGUGCUUAGCAGGAAAAGGAGAUUAAGCCUGAUUUGUCUAUUAGAACUAGCAGUGCUUAAUAAGCCGUAAGGAAAGAGAGCUGCUGGAACUGUUACAAACUAUUCCCAGCUGAAUAAUCUCUUAUGGAUCAGGCUACAAAGAGACACUUCUGCAGCCAAGGAUGUUAUGAUAAAAACAUGCAAGCCAACUAAAUCCCUUGCUAAUAUGAGGAAUGCAGUAAAAGAUUUGUCAAGGUAGUGGGUACAUUCGUGCAUGGCAAAUGGUUUUGCAGUGAGGCAUGCGCAGAACUUGAUCCAGAGACAUAGAGACUAAGGGAUAUGCUAGAAAAUGGUAUUGAGUUUAACAAUGAUAAAGUAGAAGGUGAAGAUGACGGGGAAGAUUAUGCUGAUGAUAAUGACAUUGAUCUCUGA